AUGGUCCCCAGGGUACAGUAUCAUCCACUAAGGCUCGGCAUUUUGUUCGUGGAGGGGAUUCCAGACUACCCUGAGGGCAAGUACGACACCUCCAAGGGCAGCUACUACGUCAACUGCGCCACUGAUAAGGCCUUUGAGACCACUCCCGAGACUGAGAAGUUCUUCACUCCCGAAGAGAAGAAACUGUUCAGCAGCAACAGUGAGAAGAAUGUAAAGGCCCUCUCCAAGAUCAUGACUGAUACUGGUGCCCUCCUGGCGCUGCAGAUCGACGCCUACGCUCAGGAGCAGGUGAGCACAUACCCCACGCACCUGCUGCACCGCAUCAUCAAGGAGGGACAGAGCCACACUGGGCGCAUGCUCCACUACUUCCCCUUCGAGAACAAGGGCGACACCGAGGACGACUGGUGCGGAUGGCACAACGACCACGGCUCCCUCACCGCCCUCACCUCUGCUCUCUACACAGAUGAACAUGGCGAGGAAAUCAAGUUCCCCUUAAAACCGGAGGCCUAUAUGCCAAGAACCGUUUGCCGACGUCGCCAAGAUCAGCAUUCCUGCCAACAUGCUGGCCUUCCAGCUCGGAGAAUCCACCCAGAUCCACACUGGAGGCUCACUCGAAGCCACUCCCACUGCGUGAUCAGGAGCGAAGAACUGGCAGGCAAGAAAGUCGGUCGCAAUACCUUCGCCCUCUUCCUGUAG